AACUCUUUUUUUUUAGAACAGUGGACGAAGAUCAGCAAUGAUGCUGUGUGUUUUGGAGCUCGUGGCGACGCAUAUGGAACUUUCAAAAUUAAAAAGAGUGGACACAUACAAACGUUCAAGCUUGUUCACAAGAACGGGUCGUUAAGAUGUAACCCAAGGGAUCCACCAUCCUUCUGGGGAUGCACUCAUUCCAACUAUAGAGAUAGGAGACUGUUGACAGUCAUAACUCACGACAACCAACCUAUUCCCUCACUUGCAGACUACUUUAAACGCGGAAACGUCGAUGGUUGCAGGUAUUAUUCUUAUCGCCUGGAUAAUAUUGAUGUCAACUCAACUGAACUGACAUUUAACAAGCUUUCCAUUCCACUUUCUGUAUCCACUGGUCAGGAGUUUCGCAUAUGGUAUCUACAGGACUGGAAAAAAUGUUAUGAGGAUGACAACAGUGGUCAGACUUGCGCAGACGUCUAUGCGUGGUACACUCAAAACUAAACCAUUGACUCAAAGAUACCGAGCUUGAUCUUCAAACAUUCUGAUACAUAUCAAUUAACCAAUUGACGAACAGGAUCAUUGUUUUUCUUUUCUGGAAGAUAUCUUUACCCAGCACCGUUUAAAGCCGAUUUGAUAAUGAGAAGUUCCGCUGUUAUAAGUCUCUUUUCCCUGUUUGGUAUAGCACGCUUUA